AUGGAUUUGCCUGUGACACUGGAGAGCCUAAAUGUUUUCCACCAAAAAGCGAUGGAGGAAGAUGAAAUUCAAAGUUUUCAGGAAGAUUUGGCUUCAAUGAUAAAGGACUCAAAACAAAAAGGCCAUUUCAAAGGGCUUCGAAGUGAAUCUGAAUAUCUGCAGAGUCUAAACACAAAAAAAAUUAACAGCUUGCUGCCAAACAAUUUAUUCAAAAGAAAGCUGGAUAUUUUCGAAACGUUCGUAAAACACUUCGAUCUCAAUAACCUUGACGUAAAUAUUCCUACUACUCUUAUGAGGACGGAGAAUCUACCUGUCUGUUUUCUAAUUCGCACAAUAAAAAAUGGAAAGGUGGCUUCUAGGCCGUGUUAUGAGAAUGAGUUUUUUGAGAUGGAAAAUGAAGGAUGUAAAGAAACGAAUGCAGGUACGCCUUUGUAUGCGUAUAAAACCCCGAAUAAAGAAGUUAGUGUUAUAUGCUCAAUAGAGCAUGCUCAAAAUAUAUGGAGAUCUUCAAAAGAGCCUGCAAGACUACAGAAAUUUGUUAAAAGUCUAUCAAACCCGCCAUCAAUCACAAGAGUGCUAUGGGUUGAAGGGUCAAAAAAUAAAUAUUUUUCAAUUAUAAACAAUAAGAAGCUCAAGUGGGAUAUAAAAAAUGAUAGCAAACUUGGGCCUAAUAGGCAGCAAGGUGUUAGAAAGCGCACACUCUCUAAUUUUGAGUACAGAAAAAUGCUUAAGCAGACUUCUCAAUCCAUAAACAAUCCUUUUAAAAUCAAAACAAUUGAGAAAAAAGGAAAAAACCGAAUCCCUUCUCUAUCCCAAUCUUUUUGCCAAAUUCCUACUGAUGAUACAAUUUUCCCUGCUCAGGAACCCAAGAGUGAAGCAUCUAAAAGGCUUCGAGAAGACUCCUAUGCCGAUUUUUUAGUCGACUCUAAAAAAAUUGAAAAAUGCUGUGUUGUUGAAAGCAGAGGAAAAUAUGAAGAAAUUUGUUCAAUGGUAUCUCAAAUUAUUGAUUUUUUGAAUAAACAAGUGUUUAAAGAAGAUAAUGUGAAAGGAAUUGUACUUGAUUUUAUACUAAAUAAUGAGAGGAAGUGGGUCUUGCUUAAGUGCAAAGAAUUUUCAAAUAGCUAUAAUAAAAGUUUGCAAACAAGCUGUGCUUUAAACAAUGGAUGGGAGAAAAAAAGAUAUAUAAGAAAAGAAAGAAGCCAAUCAAAUGAUUUUAGCCGAGAUUUAAAACUAAAAACCUUAAAAUUAGAAACAUCAGAGGUAGAGCCGAGUAUAAAAAAUGAAGAAACUCAAAGCACUCUAGCUGAAAGCUAUAAAGCUAAGCCGAGGCAUAGACUUACACCUAUAGAUUUGUCGGAAAAAGAUAUUUUUGAGAGAUGCUCUAAAGUAAACGAAAGAAUUGAUAAAAUUGUAAGCCACCAAAGUGAGAUCAACCUAAGCUCACACUUCACCGAGCCUCAAAGCAAUCCAGCUUAUGAAGCAAGAAUAAGCCCUCAGUCAUGCUCAAUUUGGAACCCAUCAAUAUCUAAAUUUAAAUGUCCAUUUUAUAAGAAAGCGACAAUUGAGAGCAGCAACUCGUCAAAUAACUCAGAAGGUUCAUUUAAUGAAAAAGUUGAUGCCUACACAAGAAACCAUAUUAACAAUAUGAUUGAUAGCUUAGAUGAACUGAAUUUGAAUGCACAAAUUGCGAAAGUAAAAAAUGAAAAACUAGUAGAAAAAUAUGGAGGAGACGCAUUUUGGAAUAAAUUUAUACUCUCGCUUUAUAAUAAAAUUCUUGCAAAUGAGCUUCUUAGUAAAUAUUUCAAGAGCUCUAAGCUUGAAAAUUUUGCAAUGAUAGUGGAUGGAAUGUUUGAACUUUUUAAUGGAAAUGUAACUCUCGCGUUUAGAAGAAAAGUAAGAGCUUCUCAUCAAUUUAUGGGAUUGGUGGAAAAAGAGUUUAAUUUCUACGUAGAUAUUUUUGAAGACACAUUAAAUGAAUUUCAGGUAACUGAUAUUGAUAAAAAUAUUGUGAUGACACAAAUUCGGUCUAUGAAAUGUUUGAUAUGUAGACAAAGUUCAUAA